AUGACGUCCAUCCAUUUCGUGGUUCACCCGCUGCCGGGCACCGAGGACCAGCUCAAUGACAGGUUACGGGAAGUUUCAGAGAAACUGAACAAGUAUAAUUUAAACAGCCAUCCACCUUUGAAUGUAUUGGAACAGGCUACUAUUAAACAGUGUGUGGUGGGACCAAAUCAUGCUGCCUUUCUUCUUGAGGAUGGUAGAGUUUGCAGGAUCGGUUUUUCAGUACAGCCAGACAGACUGGAAUUGGGGAAACCUGAUAAUAAUGACGGGUCAAAGUUGAACAGCAACUCGGGGGCAGGGAGAACCUCAAGGCCCGGUAGGACAAGCGACUCCCCAUGGUUUCUCUCAGGCUCCGAGACUCUGGGCAGGCUGGCGGGCAACACCCUGGGAAGUCGCUGGAGUUCUGGAGUAGGUGGAAGUGGAGGAGGAUCCUCUGGUAGGUCGUCAGCUGGAGCGCGAGAUUCCCGUCGACAGACUCGAGUGAUUCGGACAGGACGGGAUCGAGGGUCUGGGCUUUUGGGCAGUCAGCCCCAGCCAGUUAUUCCAGCUUCCGUCAUCCCCGAGGAGCUGAUUUCACAGGCCCAAGUUGUUUUACAAGGCAAAUCCAGAAGUGUCAUUAUUCGGGAACUUCAGCGAACAAAUCUAGAUGUAAACCUUGCUGUAAAUAAUUUACUUAGCCGAGAUGAUGAAGAUGGAGAUGAUGGGGAUGACACAGCCAGCGAAUCCUACUUGCCUGGAGAGGAUCUUAUGUCCCUUCUUGAUGCUGACAUUCAUUCUGCCCACCCAAGUGUCAUUAUUGAUGCGGAUGCCAUGUUUUCUGAAGACAUUAGUUAUUUCGGUUACCCUUCAUUUCGUCGCUCAUCACUUUCCAGGCUAGGCUCAUCUCGAGUUCUCCUUCUUCCCUUAGAGAGAGACUCUGAGCUGUUGCGUGAACGUGAGUCCGUUUUACGUUUACGUGAACGAAGGUGGCUUGACGGAGCCUCAUUUGAUAAUGAAAGGGGCUCUACCAGCAAGGAAGGAGAGCCAAACUUGGAUAAGAAAAAUACACCUGUUCAAAGUCCAGUGUCUCUAGGAGAAGAUUUGCAGUGGUGGCCAGAUAAGGACGGGACAAAAUUCAUCUGUAUUGGGGCUCUAUAUUCUGAGCUUUUGGCUGUGAGCAGUAAAGGAGAACUUUAUCAGUGGAAGUGGAGUGAAUUGGAGCCUUACAGAAAUGCACAGAAUCCUUCACUGCAUCAUCCACGAGCAACAUUUUUGGGGCUAACCAAUGAAAAGAUAGUUCUCCUGUCUGCAAAUAGCAUAAGAGCAACUGUAGCUACAGAAAAUAACAAGGUUGCUACAUGGGUAGAUGAAACUCUAAGUUCUGUGGCUUCUAAAUUAGAGCACACUGCACAGACUUACUCUGAACUUCAAGGUGAACGGAUAGUCUCCUUACAUUGCUGUGCCCUCUAUACCUGUGCCCAGCUAGAGAACAAUUUAUACUGGUGGGGUGUAGUCCCUUUCAGUCAAAGGAAGAAAAUGUUAGAGAAAGCUAGAGCAAAAAAUAAAAAGCCCAAAUCUAGUGCUGGUAUUUCUUCAAUGCCUAACAUCACUGUUGGCACCCAGGUAUGCUUGAGAAAUAAUCCUCUUUACCACGCUGGAGCAGUUGCAUUUUCAAUUAAUGCUGGGAUUCCUAAAGUUGGUGUCUUAAUGGAGUCCGUUUGGAAUAUGAAUGAUAGCUGUAGAUUUCAACUUAGAUCUCCCGAGAGCUUGAAAAGUAUGGACAAAGCUAGCAAAACUACCGAAGCUAAGCCUGAAAGCAAGCAGGAACCAGUGAAAACAGAAAUGGGCCCCCCACCAUCUCCGGCAUCCACGUGUAGUGACGCAUCCUCCAUCGCCAGCAGUGCGUCAAUGCCAUACAAACGACGACGGUCCACCCCCGCCCCCAAAGAGGAGGAGAAGGUGAACGAAGAGCAGUGGUCUCUUCGGGAAGUCGUUUUUGUGGAAGAUGUUAAGAAUGUUCCUGUUGGCAAGGUGCUAAAAGUGGACGGUGCCUAUGUUGCUGUAAAAUUUCCUGGCACAUCCAGCAGUACAAACUGUCAGAGCAGCUCUGGCUCAGAUGCGGACCCUUCUUCUCUCCUGCAGGACUGUAGGUUACUUAGAAUCGAUGAACUGCAGGUUGUCAAAACUGGUGGAACACCAAAAGUUCCCGACUGUUUCCAAAGGACUCCUAAAAAGCUGUGUAUACCUGAAAAAACAGAAAUACUAGCAGUGAAUGUGGAUUCCAAAGGUGUGCAUGCUGUUCUGAAGACGGGAAAUUGGGUACGGUACUGUAUCUUUGAUCUUGCGACAGGAAAAGCAGAGCAGGAAAACAAUUUCCCGACAAGCAGCAUUGCUUUCCUUGGUCAGAAUGAGAAGAAUGUAGCCAUUUUCACCGCUGGACAGGAAUCUCCUAUUAUUCUUCGAGAUGGAAAUGGUACUAUUUACCCAAUGGCCAAAGAUUGCAUGGGAGGAAUAAGGGAUCCUGAUUGGCUUGAUCUUCCACCCAUUAGUAGUCUUGGCAUGGGUGUUCAUUCUUUAAUAAAUCUUCCUGCCAAUUCAACAAUCAAAAAGAAAGCUGCUAUUAUCAUCAUGGCUGUAGAGAAACAAACCUUAAUGCAGCACAUCCUACGCUGUGAUUACGAGGCCUGCCGACAAUACCUUAUGAAUCUUGAGCAAGCAGUUGUUUUAGAGCAGAAUCUACAGAUGCUGCAGACAUUCAUCAGCCACAGAUGUGACGGAAAUCGUAAUAUUUUGCACGCUUGUGUAUCAGUUUGCUUUCCAACCAGCAAUAAGGAAACUAAAGAAGAAGAGGAAGCAGAGCGCUCUGAAAGAAAUACUUUUGCUGAAAGGCUUUCUGCAGUAGAAGCCAUUGCAAAUGCAAUAUCAGUCGUUUCAAGUAAUGGCCCGGGUAACCGGGCUGGAUCAUCUAGUAGCCGAAGUUUGAGGUUACGGGAGAUGAUGCGACGUUCACUGAGAGCGGCUGGUUUGGGUAGACAUGAAGCUGGAGCUUCAUCCAGUGACCAUCAGGAUCCAGUUUCUCCCCCAAUAGCCCCUCCUAGCUGGGUUCCUGAUCCUCCUGCGAUGGAUCCUGAUGGUGACAUUGAUUUUAUCCUGGCCCCUGCUGUGGGAUCUCUUACCACAGCAGCCACUGGCACCGCUCAAGGACCAAGCACCUCCACCAUUCCAGGUCCUUCCACGGAGCCAUCUGUAGUAGAAUCCAAGGAUCGAAAGGCCAAUGCUCAUUUUAUAUUGAAAUUGUUAUGUGACAGUGUUGUUCUGCAGCCCUAUCUACGAGAACUCCUUUCUGCCAAGGAUGCAAGGGGAAUGACUCCAUUUAUGUCAGCUGUAAGUGGCCGAGCUUACCCAGCUGCAAUUACCAUCUUAGAAACAGCCCAGAAAAUUGCAAAAGCUGAAGUAUCUUCAAGUGAAAAAGAGGAAGAUGUUUUUAUGGGAAUGGUUUGCCCAUCAGGCACCAACCCUGAUGAUUCUCCUUUAUAUGUCUUAUGUUGUAAUGAUACCUGCAGUUUUACAUGGACUGGAGCAGAGCACAUUAACCAGGAUAUUUUUGAGUGUCGAACGUGUGGCUUGUUGGAGUCACUCUGCUGCUGUACAGAAUGUGCCAGGGUUUGCCAUAAAGGCCAUGAUUGCAAACUCAAACGGACAUCACCGACAGCCUAUUGUGAUUGCUGGGAGAAAUGUAAAUGCAAAACUCUAAUUGCUGGACAGAAAUCUGCUCGUCUUGAUCUACUUUAUCGCCUGCUCACUGCUACUAAUCUGGUCACCCUGCCAAACAGCAGGGGAGAGCACCUGCUAUUGUUUUUAGUGCAAACAGUUGCAAGGCAGACAGUAGAGCAUUGCCAGUACAGACCGCCUCGGAUCAGGGAGGAUCGUAACCGAAAAACAGCCAACCCCGAAGAUUCAGAUAUGCCUGAUCACGACUUAGAGCCCCCAAGAUUUGCCCAACUUGCAUUGGAACGUGUUCUACAGGACUGGAACGCUUUAAAAUCUAUGAUUAUGUUUGGGUCACAGGAGAAUAAAGAUCCUCUCAGUGCCAGCAGUAGAAUAGGCCACCUUUUGCCAGAAGAGCAAGUGUACCUCAAUCAGCAAAGCGGCACGAUUCGACUGGACUGUUUUACUCAUUGCCUUAUAGUCAAGUGUACAGCAGAUAUCUUGCUUCUGGAUACUCUCCUGGGCACGCUAGUGAAAGAACUCCAAAACAAGUACACACCUGGACGCCGGGAAGAAGCCAUUGCUGUGACAAUGAGGUUUUUGCGCUCAGUGGCAAGAGUUUUUGUUAUUCUUAGUGUGGAAAUGGCUUCAUCCAAGAAGAAAAACAACUUUAUCCCGCAGCCAAUUGGAAAAUGCAAGCGUGUAUUCCAGGCCCUGCUGCCUUAUGCGGUGGAAGAAUUGUGCAAUGUAGCAGAGUCACUGAUUGUUCCUGUCAGAAUGGGAAUUGCUCGCCCAACUGCACCUUUUACUCUGGCUAGUACCAGCAUAGAUGCCAUGCAAGGCAGUGAGGAAUUAUUUUCAGUGGAACCACUACCACCACGACCAUCAUCUGAUCAGUCUAGCAGCUCCAGCCAGUCUCAGUCGUCCUACAUCCUCCGGAACCCACAGCAGAGGCGCAUUAGCCAGUCUCAGCCUGUUCGGGGCAGAGAUGAAGAACAGGAUGACAUUGUCUCAGCAGAUGUGGAAGAGGUUGAGGUGGUAGAAGGUGUGGCUGGAGAAGAGGAUCAUCAUGAUGAACAGGAAGAACAUGGGGAAGAAAAUGCUGAGGCUGAGGGCCAACAUGAUGAGCAUGAUGAGGACGGGAGUGACAUGGAGCUGGACUUACUAGCAGCAGCUGAAACAGAAAGUGACAGUGAAAGCAACCAUAGCAACCAAGAUAAUGCCAGUGGGCGCAGAAGUGUUGUCACUGCAGCAACUGCUGGCUCAGAAGCAGGUGCAAGCAGUGUUCCUGCCUUCUUUUCUGAAGAUGACUCGCAGUCAAAUGACUCGAGUGAUUCCGAUAGCAGCAGUAGUCAGAGUGACGACAUAGAGCAGGAGACCUUUAUGCUCGAUGAGCCUUUGGAGAGAACCACGAACAGCUCCCACGCCAACGGCGCUGCCCAAGCUCCCCGGUCCAUGCAGUGGGCUGUCCGCAACACCCAGCAUCAGCGGGCAGCCAGCACGGCCCCUUCCAGCACCUCCACGCCGGCAGCGAGUUCAGCAGGUUUGAUUUAUAUCGAUCCUUCGAACUUACGCCGCAGCGGCACCAUCAGCACGAGUGCCGCAGCGGCAGCAGCUGCACUGGAGGCUGGCAAUGCCAGCAGCUACUUAACAUCAGCAAGCAGCUUAGCCAGGGCUUACAGCAUUGUCAUCAGACAAAUCUCAGACUUGAUGGGCCUUAUUCCUAAGUAUAAUCACCUAGUAUACUCGCAGAUUCCAGCCGCUGUGAAAUUGACUUACCAAGAUGCAGUGAACUUACAGAACUAUGUAGAAGAAAAGCUUAUUCCCACUUGGAACUGGAUGGUCAGUAUUAUGGAUUCUACUGAAGCUCAGUUACGUUAUGGUUCUGCAUUAGCAUCUGCCGGUGACCCAGGACACCCAAAUCACCCUCUUCACGCUUCUCAGAAUUCAGCACGGAGAGAGAGGAUGACCGCACGGGAAGAGGCUAGUUUACGAACCCUUGAGGGCAGACGCCGUGCCACAUUGCUUAGUGCUCGCCAAGGAAUGAUGUCAGCUCGAGGGGAUUUCCUAAAUUAUGCUCUUUCUCUAAUGCGGUCUCAUAAUGAUGAGCAUUCUGAUGUUCUUCCAGUUUUGGAUGUUUGCUCACUGAAGCAUGUAGCAUAUGUUUUUCAGGCCCUUAUAUAUUGGAUUAAAGCGAUGAAUCAGCAGACAACAUUGGAUACACCUCAAUUGGAACGCAAAAGGACGCGAGAACUCUUGGAACUGGGUAUUGAUAAUGAAGAUUCAGAACACGAAAAUGAUGAUGACACCAAUCAAAGUGCUACUUUGAAUGAUAAGGAUGAUGACUCUCUUCCUGCAGAAACUGGCCAAAAUCAUCCAUUUUUCCGACGCUCAGAUUCCAUGACAUUCCUUGGGUGUAUACCCCCAAAUCCAUUUGAAGUGCCUCUUGCUGAAGCCAUCCCCUUGGCUGAUCAACCACACUUGUUGCAGCCAAAUGCUAGAAAGGAGGAUCUUUUUGGUCGACCAAGUCAAGGUCUUUAUUCUUCAUCUGCCAGUAGUGGGAAAUGCUUAAUGGAGGUUACAGUGGAUAGAAACUGCCUUGAGGUUCUUCCAACUAAAAUGUCUUAUGCUGCCAACUUGAAAAAUGUAAUGAACAUGCAAAAUCGGCAAAAAAAGGAAGGGGAAGAACAGAAUGUGGUGCCAGAAGAAGCUGAGAGUACAAAACCAGGGCCAUCUGCUCAUGAUCUUGCUGCACAGCUGAAAAGCAGUUUGCUGGCAGAAAUAGGACUGACUGAAAGUGAAGGGCCACCUCUUACAUCUUUCAGGCCACAGUGUAGCUUCAUGGGGAUGGUUAUUUCCCACGACAUGCUGCUAGGACGCUGGCGCCUUUCCUUAGAACUGUUCGGCAGGGUGUUCAUGGAAGAUGUGGGAGCGGAGCCUGGAUCAAUCCUAACUGAAUUGGGAGGUUUUGAGGUAAAAGAAUCAAAAUUCCGUAGAGAAAUGGAAAAGCUGAGAAAUCAGCAGUCAAGAGAUUUAUCACUAGAGGUGGAUCGGGAUCGAGAUCUUCUUAUUCAGCAGACCAUGAGGCAGCUGAACAAUCACUUUGGGCGAAGAUGUGCCACCACACCUAUGGCUGUGCACAGAGUGAAAGUCACAUUUAAGGACGAGCCAGGAGAGGGCAGUGGUGUAGCACGAAGUUUUUAUACAGCCAUUGCACAAGCGUUUUUGUCAAAUGAAAAAUUGCCAAAUCUAGAUUGUAUCCAAAAUGCCAACAAAGGCACUCAUACAAGUUUAAUGCAAAGAUUAAGGAACAGAGGAGAGCGGGAUCGGGAAAGGGAGAGAGAGAGGGAAAUGAGGAGAAGUAGUGGCUUGCGAGCAGGUUCUCGGAGAGAUCGGGAUAGAGACUUUAGAAGACAGCUUUCCAUCGACACUAGACCCUUCAGACCAGCCUCUGAAGGGAAUCCUAGUGAUGAUCCUGAUCCUCUGCCAGCACAUCGUCAGGCGCUUGGAGAAAGACUUUAUCCUCGUGUCCAAGCAAUGCAACCAGCUUUUGCAAGUAAAAUCACUGGCAUGUUGUUGGAAUUGUCCCCAGCUCAGUUGCUUCUCCUUCUAGCAAGUGAAGAUUCUCUGAGAGCAAGAGUGGAUGAAGCCAUGGAACUCAUUAUUGCACAUGGACGGGAAAAUGGAGCUGAUAGUAUCCUGGAUCUUGGAUUAUUAGACUCCUCAGAAAAGGUACAGGAAAACCGAAAGCGUCAUGGCUCUAGUCGAAGUGUAGUAGAUAUGGAUCUAGAUGAUACGGAUGAUGGUGAUGACAAUGCACCUUUGUUUUACCAACCUGGAAAAAGAGGAUUUUAUACUCCGAGACCUGGCAAAAACACAGAAGCAAGGUUGAAUUGUUUCAGAAAUAUUGGCAGGAUUCUUGGACUGUGUCUGUUACAGAAUGAACUAUGUCCUAUCACAUUAAAUAGGCAUGUGAUUAAAGUGUUGCUUGGUAGAAAAGUCAACUGGCAUGAUUUUGCUUUUUUUGACCCUGUAAUGUAUGAGAGUUUGCGGCAACUUAUCCUCGCUUCCCAGAGUUCAGAUGCUGAUGCUGUUUUUUCAGCAAUGGAUUUGGCAUUUGCAAUUGACCUGUGUAAAGAAGAGGGUGGAGGACAGGUUGAACUUAUCCCUAAUGGUGUAAAUAUACCAGUGACUCCCCAAAACGUGUAUGAAUAUGUGCGGAAAUAUGCAGAGCACAGAAUGUUGGUAGUUGCAGAACAGCCAUUACACGCAAUGAGGAAAGGUCUACUGGAUGUGCUUCCAAAAAACUCAUUAGAAGAUUUAACAGCAGAAGAUUUUAGGCUUUUGGUAAAUGGCUGUGGUGAAGUUAAUGUGCAGAUGCUGAUCAGUUUUACCUCUUUCAAUGAUGAAUCAGGAGAAAAUGCCGAGAAGCUCUUACAGUUCAAGCGUUGGUUCUGGUCAAUAGUAGAGAAGAUGAGCAUGACAGAACGACAAGAUCUUGUUUACUUUUGGACAUCAAGCCCAUCAUUACCAGCCAGUGAGGAAGGAUUUCAGCCUAUGCCCUCAAUCACAAUAAGACCACCAGAUGAUCAACAUCUUCCUACUGCAAAUACUUGCAUUUCUCGACUUUACGUCCCACUCUAUUCCUCUAAACAGAUUCUCAAACAGAAAUUGCUACUCGCCAUUAAGACCAAGAAUUUUGGUUUUGUGUAG